AUGUCCACCACUGCAACAACGCCAAUGCGUCCUGGAACUCCAGAGAGCAGAGAAAAUUCUGGCAGUUCUGCUAAUCCUGUCAGUCCUUUCGGCGACGAGAUCACUCCCGCGCCCAGAGCGAAUCCCUUCGCAUCACCCCUCAAUUCAAGACCAGCAUCAUCACUCGGCUCCUCCUCUGCCGUGCGACCAAUCCCGUCCAGAUAUUUCCACUCCAGAAGAGUGCGAAAAGGGGAUGUCGAGAAGCCAUGGUUAGCCAAGAAGGAUCCGAAGGAGAAAUGGGUCACCAUCAUCCCGUUGAUCGGUCUAGCAUUGGGUACUGCCAUUGCUGCAUUUUUGGUAUAUGAUGGUAUUCACUCAGUCGUACACCACAAGUACUGCCCGGUCCUGAGUGAUGAUUUCUCGGGAGGAUUCAACACUGAUGUCUGGACGAAAGAAGCUGAAGUUGGCGGUUUUGGCAACGGCGAGUUCGAACAGACCACCUUGACUGAUGAGAAUGUCUUUGUCCAGGACGGAAAACUCAUCAUCAAGCCAACCCUUCAAGAUGCCAAACUUAUCGAGACGAACAACGUGAUCAACCUCACCUCGGAUGGCACUUGCUCCUCCAAAGUUCUCUCUGACUGUGUUUCCAUAACCAACGUCACCACCCACCAGAUCAUCCAGCCGGUCAAAUCAGGACGUAUCAACACGAAGAAGGGCGCAACUAUCAGGUACGGCCGCGUCGAGGUGACAGCCAAGCUGCCCGCCGGCGACUGGCUGUGGCCCGCGAUAUGGAUGUUGCCCGUCAACGCUACAUACGGUCCCUGGCCCCUGUCCGGAGAGAUUGAUAUCAUGGAGUCCCGCGGAAACAACCACACGUAUCCGCAGGGCGGGAACAACAUCGUCUCCUCCGCUCUCCACUGGGGCCCCGACCCCGCCAACGACGCCUGGUGGCGCACGAACGUGAAGCGAUCCGCACUGCACACGACGUACGCGGCGCAGGAGCACAAGUUCGGGCUGGAAUGGUCGCAGAAGUACCUCUUCACGUACAUCAACAGCAACCUGCUCCAAGUGCUCUACACCAACUUCAACCAGCCGCUCUGGAAGCGCGGCGGGUUCCCGGCGUACGACAGCAACGGCACGCGGCUCAUCGACACCUGGAGCCAGACGGGCCACGCCUCGACGCCCUUCGAUCAGGAGUUCUACCUCAUCAUCAAUGUCGGCGUCGGCGGCACCAACGGCUGGUUCCAGGACGGCAUGGCCGGCAAGCCCUGGUCCGACCAGAGUCUCACGGCCAAGUACGAUUUCUGGAACGCGCAGAAGGAUUGGCUCCCCACGUGGCAGGCGCCCGGCGCGGGUCAGAUGGAGAUCAGCAAGGUCGAUAUCUGGCAGCAGUGCGAUGGCGACGAGUCUAGCACCUAG